AUGAAGCUGCUGAAGCCGAGCUGGGUGAGCCACAACGGCAAACCCAUAUUUUCGGUUGACAUCCACCCUGAUGGGACAAAAUUUGCCACCGGUGGGCAAGGAGAGGAUUCCGGCAAGGUGAUGAUCUGGAACAUGGCACCAGUCCUCAGAGAGGAGGACGAGAAGAAUGACAAUGUUCCUAAAAUGCUUUGCCAGAUGGACAAUCACCUAGCAUGUGUGAACUGUGUGCGCUGGUCCAACAACGGCUUGUACCUGGCAUCCGGAGGAGAUGACAAGCUGGUCAUGGUGUGGAAGCGAGCUGCAUUCAUCGGUCCGAGCACAGUUUUCGGGUCGAGCAGUAAGUUGGCCAAUGUUGAGCAGUGGCGGUGUGUUACCAUCCUGAGGAACCACACUGGAGAUGUCAUGGACGUGGCUUGGUCUCCCCAUGACGUGUGGCUGGCUUCUUGCAGUGUGGACAACACCAUUGUCAUCUGGAACGCUCGCAAAUUUCCAGAAAUGGUGACGUGUCUGCGGGGACACACCGGGCUGGUUAAAGGUCUGACAUGGGAUCCUGUGGGGAAGUACAUCGCGUCCCAGGCUGACGACCACAGCCUCAAAGUGUGGAGGACAGUGGACUGGCAGAUGGAUGCCAACAUUACCAAACCGUUCAGUGAGUGUGGAGGGACGACCCACGUCCUGCGUCUGUCCUGGUCUCCAGAUGGUCAGUACCUGGUGUCGGCUCACGCCAUGAACAACUCAGGUCCCACCGCUCAGAUUGUGGAGAGAGACGGCUGGAAGACUAAUAUGGACUUUGUCGGUCACCGCAAAGCCGUCACUGUGGUGAAAUUCAACCCAAAGAUCUUUAAGAAGAAGCAGAAGAACGGCAGCUCUCCAAAACCCGGCUGUCCGUACUGCUGCUGCGCUGUCGGCAGCAAAGACCGAUCGCUCUCCGUCUGGCUGACCUCACUGAAGCGUCCCCUGGUGGUCAUCCAUGAUCUCUUCGAUAAAUCGAUUAUGGACAUUUCCUGGACUCUGACAGGUCUGGGGAUGUUGGUGUGUUCGAUGGAUGGCACAGUGGCCUACCUGGACUUCUCACUGGAUGAACUUGGAGACCCGCUGAGUGAGGAGGAGAAGAACAGCAUCCACCAGAACAUCUACGGCAAGAGUCUGGCUAUAACCAGCACUGAAGCUCAGCUUUCCACCACCAUCAUCGAGAACCCAGAGAUGCUCAAAUACCAGCAGGAACGUCAGAACUCGGGCCAGGCCAAUUUGGGACCUGGCAGCACCGGGCCUGAAUCCUCAGCCCCCAAACUCAACAGUGUGAUGAACGGCGAGUCUCUGGAAGACAUCAGGAAGAACCUACUGAAGAAACAGGUGGAGACAAGAACCGCAGAUGGCAGAAGACGAAUCACACCGCUCUGCAUCGCUCAGCUCGACACAGGGGAUUUCUCGCCGGCUCUGUUCAACAGCGCUCCCAUCCUGCCCUCGGGCUCCUCGAUGUCCAACCAGCUUACCUCCCAGCUCAGCUCUGACUCCAGUCCAGGACAGGCCUCUACUUUAGGGCUCAGGCCCAGCCACGACCCCAUGCUCACCUCGCCUUCACCGAGCAACGCAACCAAGGGCCUGGAGGACAACAAGGAUGGCGUGAAGCAGUGUCUACUCCUCACUUCAGCCUCCAAAAUCGAGCCAAUGAAAGCUCUGGACUCCAGGUUCACAGAGAGGUCAAAGGCCACACCUGGGGUCACAGCUGCCAUCGCCUCCACCGCUGGACUUGUGCCUCUUGACAGGCCUAAAGACGGCAUCUCCACCCUGAAAGACAUAAAAUCCAAAGAAGACACCAGCAGCGACAGCGAGGACAAGAUGGCCACCAUCAACAAAAAUUUAUCUUACAGCAAGAGGAAACCCGAGCUGCUGCUCGACGGAGCAGAGGUGGUGGAGAAGAGGAAGAAGGGAAGACCCAGGAAAGACAAGAUGGCUGCUCCCAUUGCCCAGCCCUUCACUCAGAUAACUCCUCCAGCAGAGCGGGAGCCAAGCAGAGUGGCAGCUCCUCCAGCUGCUGCAGCUGCUCUCAAACUACCAACGCCAAGUAUAAAGAAGGCCUUCAGUCUGCAGGUGAGCAUGGAGCCGUCGGUGUUCUUGGAAGUGGAGAACGAGGUGUCGGUGGUUGCGGGUUCGAGGCUCAGCCAGCUGCGAUGCUCCAGAGACGGACGAGACUGGAACACACUUCUGCCCAGCUCAGUGGUAACUGCUGCAGGGAGCAGUGACGUCCUCGCCGUCGCUUCUCAGGACAGGAUGUUGUCUGUGUUCUCUUCCUGUGGUCGGCGGCUCCUUCCAGCCAUCCAGCUGGCCACGCCUGCAUCUGCACUGCACUGCUCUGCCCACUUUGUCAUGGUUCUGACUGCCGGAGCGACGUUGUCCGUCUGGGAUGUUCAGAAACAGAAGGCUCUGGUGAAGAACGAGUCUCUGCUGACCAUUUUAUCUGGUGCUGACAUCACAGUGUCUCAGUCUCUGCUGACUCAGCAGGGAGUCCCAGUCAUUGGAUUGUCCAAUGGGAAGUCUUACUGUUUCAGCUCCUCGCUGGAGACAUGGACUUUGAUAGCAGAUAAAGGAGACUCUCUGGUCCAGUGUGCUGACUUCAGGAGCUGCCUACCUACCCACGAUGCCCCUGUGUCCUCAGGGCCACUGGCUGUCAUGCAGGGACGCAACCUCAAUGCUGGUCGUCUGGCGUCCCGCCUCUCCUCCACCCCACACCACCUGCAGCAGAGCAUGACCCUGGCCUUCCUGGAGAAUCAGCUGGCGUCCGCUCUGACUCUGCAGUCAGCACAGGAGUAUCGCUACUGGCUGCUCAUCUACGCCCGUUUCCUCGUCAACGAAGGCUCAGAGUAUCGUCUCCGUGAACUCUGUAAGGAGCUGCUGGGUCCUGUCCACAAAUCAGCGGCUACAUCCUGGGAGCCUACCACUCUGGGUCUACGGAAGCGGGAGUUGCUGCGAGAGGUUUUACCCGUCAUUGGUGAGAACCUGCGUUUCCAGAGACUGUUCACCGAAUACCAGGACCAGCUGGAGCUGCUGCGCAACAAAUAACACACACUGCUAUACUCACACCGAGACGUACAGACUGUCACACACACACGGACUCAUCAUGAAACCAGUUUGGUUUGUCCCGGCUCAGCUCGGUUUGGGUAAACUCUGACUGCUUUCCUCAACUUUUGGAAGCUUGAAACGCUGUUCUGGCUGAAUAACACAUCCUGGGUGUUGUGAGAACUUUAAGCCAGUCUGCAGCUUUUCAAGCACUGGGACUUUUCAGUGCUGUCGCUCACUGGGAAGAAGUUGGUGCUUUUUUUUUUUUUGUUUGGGUUUGUUUCAGCUUGAACUGUCGUCUUUUGUCUCUUUUCCUGCUAAAUGUGUGUUUUCUGACCUAUGCACCUCUCUCCUGCACUCCUAAACACGAACUCUAAAAGAUUAACUUAAGAGAGACGGUGAUAGAAAGGUCGCAGAUUUGAUUCCUGCCACGGGCAGCAUCAGCAGCUGUGGGUCCUGUUGAAUCACUAUCAAGUCAGUUUCCCUCCUCAGAGAGAAAGAUCAGAGGUGAGACACUCAUUCAAGAAAAAUAUUAAUCAGAAUGGAUGUAAAGGAGCAAUAUGCUUGUACCAAAGUGAUGCCUUAAGUGUAGAAAUGACCCCACACCUGCCUCUCCAAGGUGAAGGAAAUGAAGGGCAUCCAGACGAAGGAUCAACCGAGGUUUUUAAAGGCGGAGGACAAUAUUUAUUAAGUGAAUGGGUAAAUGGGUUUCGAGUACAUUGGCUUUGGUCUUUAAAAGUGACAAUGCUAACACCAAAAUGUGAAGUCAAAGUGAAAAAUAUUACUAAAUUUAGGUCACUGGAAAUUUAAUUUAUACUGAAGAUACAGGAUGGACCUCUGGGAAAUGGAGUCAGAAGGGAUCUGCAAUAUGAGUUAUGAAAAAUAGUUUGCAGCUGAUUCUAACCCAUGAAAUCAUUCACAAAGAACACUUCAGAUGUUACAAAAUGACUGCAUUUUAACAAAAUGAAUAACAGGCAGGAAACAGAAUUUUCUAAUUACACAAAACCUGAAGAAUUAAUCAUCUGAUCUGCAGGUUUUUCUGAGACUUUUUGAACCUCAUUAACUGUAAACUCAUGCCGCAGUCACGUCCAGACAGAUUGUAAAUAACAGUAGCUGCGCCAUGUGAGGUUUCCUAGCCUCCAGUAUGUCAUACUUGUCACAAAUCUAUAAUCAGGCGUCUGAGGUAAUCAAAGACGAAAUUCUCUCUUAUUUGUUAUAUUUUUACAAACACUAUCAAUUCUGCUCACAACUACUGGUGCAGCUUUUUUACUUGUUAGACUCAACAAAAAGGGUUUAUGAAUUUCACAGUUAUACAUGUGAUUGUAGGAUAUUCUGUGAUCGGAGAGGGCCAGUGGAGAAAUGUUCUAUAUAUUACUUCUUGUCUCUUUUGUAAAUAACCAGAUUUUCUUUGCUGCACUUGUUUAUGUUCUGUUGCCAGGCAAAAACCACUGCAAAGACAUCUGUUUUUCAGGACUAAGGGGGGAAAAGUUUUUUUUUUUUGGUCUGACAUCCAUUAACUUGACAUUUUGGCAGGGUUCAAAGGCCCAAAGGUCAUAAAACCCAACAACACCUCAAUGAACUUAAUGUACUUGCGUUUAGCCUUUUUUGUCUACAGCAGCAGUAAUGCACUCCUCUGCCAAUUCUGUGUGUGUGUGUGUAUGUGUAAAUGGAGUGUGAGCUUAGAAAGCUUGUUUACUGCUGUAAUUCACUGCACAGUGUGGAGAUCACCACUGAUGCAGAUAGACAGACAAGUCCAGAGGAAGAACUGAUCCUCUUUCUUUACUAAUCUGUACAGCAUUUCUUUCUUUCUGUUUAAUUUCUUUGUUUGUUGUUUUCUUUUGCUGUUAGUCAUUUUUAAAUGUUUGUACAAGGCAAUUUUUUUGUUUCCAUUUUCUAUAAGAAAAAGAAAAAAUGAGUGGAAGUAGAUGAAAUUUUGCUUUUGACGGAAGAAAGUGAAAAAUAAACAAAUGACGAACA